CACUGAUUUGCAAAAUCCCUUAUCCUAUCUCAUCAUCAUGGUCACAAAAUAACCACUUCUAACAGUACACAGAAGGGAAGGCAAGUAAGUAGCCAUGUCUUCCUUAACAACCAGACAACUUUUCCACAUAACAAGUGGUAAUUCCCAAGUGCAAAUUUGUCCUUACAGGUCUAUUCCUGUGUUCCUAACCAACAAGACCAACAACAGUAAUAGAUUCUUUAACAUCAGUGAGUUUUCAGGUUACAAGAAUUUGAGUGUUGUGGUAAAGGCAGCUGCUGGGGAUGGAAGAAUUUCACCUAUGAAUCAAGAUGAUGAAGAUGGUGUAUCUUUGGGAACCAUGAAAUUGCCUCUGGAUAUUGAUGUUGCAAGAUUUGAAACUCUACUUUUUCAGUGGGCUAACAGUCUUUGUCAAGGAGCUAUGCUGCCACUUCCAGUGCCUCUAAAGGUUGACAAAAUUCCUCGCGGAGCCAGACUUGGUUUUAUUACAGUUGAAGAUGCACAAACUGAAGUUCUUGUAUAUAUAGAUUGUAUGGUUUUCCCUGCGACGGAUAACUCACCUCCAAUAUUUCGAGCCAUAAGAAAUGGACCGUCGAGAGAUAAGGCGCCUCCAGGGGAGCCAAGAAUCAUGAGAAGUCUUUUAGGUGCUCUUCAGAAAUCUGUUGAGAUUGCUAGAGUUUGAAAGUUGGAACAUUUCUUCUAUUCCAAUUGUUCUUUCUUUCGACACCCUUUGAUGUAUGAAAGCAUUUCCUAUUUUCUGUAAUAGCUUCCCGAUUAAUCAAUAUACACAGCUUCUUAAAACUCAACGGAA